UCACGGAUACCAGAGGCAAAUGGGCUCCAAAGCCGCCGCCGCCCGCAACGGCACGCCGCCCUCUCGUCACGGAUACCAAAGGAAAAUGGGCUCCAGAGCCGUUGCCACGGCGGCGGCGCUCGUCGAGGCGGCCGCCAAGAAGAAGACAAAGAAGACUGCGGCGAUGCCUCAUCCAAAGGCUACACCUCGUGCGACAACUUCGGCUGCCCCUAUGGCGAUUGCUCCGACGCGAGCGGCGGCCGCAGUUGGCAACAAAAAAUGCGACCGCCGAGUGCUUGAUGAAAUGCCAACAAGAGUGGAGAUGAACACGACCGGAUUCCUCACAUCGUUGGAGUCCUUGGCCACCGUUGGCCUUGAUGAGCUCAACUAUUAUGACUCGUUUCAGGAUCAUCUGACCACCCAAGACCCAAGACACGGAGGAGGCCAGGGAGGAGGUCCAAGGGGUGGUGUUCGAAGAGGAGGUGGUGGAGGUGACCGGAGCAAGCAUCAAGGCCUCAAGGACCCGCACCCAAAACUACAACCAAAAGGAGGACAUUGCGCUUUGUGACGCUUGGUGUGCUAUCUCCAUGGAUGCAAUGAUCGAAACGGAUCAAAUCAAGACCAUGUUUUGGGAGAGGAUCACCGACUACUACAACACCUCCGUAGACGUGCGAUCAAGCAGUACACAAGGUUCGUUUGGGCAUUGUUGGAGCAUCAUCCAUGAUCAAUGCAACCGAUAGUCCAGUUGCAUCGACCAAGUGAACCAUGCUCCACCGAGUGGUGUGCAAGUG